UUUUGCACUGUUGGCAUGUAUUUGAUGACAGCAGCAUCUUUCCCUGGUGGCAUGUUAAUCCCCAUUCUGUAUGUUUCUCUUUUGUGUGAGAUGGGAUGUACCAUCUUGAUUGUUGUUGCCUCCCUCAAUGUGACCAUAUAGUGUAUGUGUAUAUUCACAGUAGGUUACUGUUAGGCUUUUUGUUGUGUUCAUUGCUUUAUUGAUGACUUUUCUUUUCAUAGUUAAUAGUCCUCAAGAGUGUAGCUAUCUGAUUCAUGAUUGGCUCUGUCAUUAAUUAUGACAGGCUGUGUAUACAGCGUUAUAAUCUGUUCAGCAUGUUUAUUGAGCACUAUCUCCUCCUUCUGUCCUGGGUAUUGGGGAAAUGACAGAGUUCCUGCCCUCAGGCUGCUUACAGACUGGGGAAGGAAACAAAAAUGAGCAGUUACUUACACUGUGGUGUCAAGAUCAGUGGUUCUCAAACUGAUGUGCACAUCAGACUCACUUGGAGGGCUGUCCCUCACUUGGGGGAGUUAAAAUACCUAUUCUUGGGCCUAAGGCCCAGAAUUUGAUUCAGGAGAUCUGGGGUGAGGUCCAAGAAUAUGUAUUUCUACACUUUGAGAACCAGUGAUCAAGAUAAAAGUGUAAUGAAAACUCAGGCCAGGAGGGGUUCAAGAAGACUUCCAAAGUGUGACGCUGAGCUGGGUCAGGCAAGUGAAAGGCAGAAGGGCAUUCCAGCCAAAGGGACCAGCCUGUUCACAGCACAGAAGCAUGAAAGAUCAUGGUGUGUCUGAAGAACUGAAGUAAAUCAAUUUGGAGCAAAAAGGACUCUUGUGGGCAUGUGGCCAAAGAUGUAAGCAGAAGUCAACUUGUCGAAAGGGCCUUUUAGAAGACGGAGAAAUGCUCAGAUUUGUGUUACAGAAAAAUCUCUGUGGUUGCCAUGUGGAUGACGAAUUGGAGGAGCAGAGUUAGGAACCUGUCGCAAAUAGUCCAGGGGAGAGAAAUGCUGGUCCAGACUUACAAGGGCAGUGGGAUAGAGCAAAUCAAGGCCUACAGCUUUAGAGUUGGCAGAGUCUCCUGUUUCCUCUAUUGCUUCUGAACCUUCACUGGUUGGCAAUGGCCUUUACCUUUGAACACAGUCCUUCCUGUCAUUAGAAGACAGUGACUGUAGCCUUGCUGAAAGUGACAGGUAUUUGCCUGAACACCUUUUUGUGACUUGUGACCCUGCCCCCAGCAGUAGGACAGAGUGGAGGAAGGAGGAAGAACCUAAAAGGCAGGUUCUGUGUGCCUGCACCUCUUCCUCCUCAACACUUUCCUCUCCCAGGGCAGAUGGUGUGAGUCGCUUUUACUCUCUCCCCUCUUUCUUUCAUUUGGUCAGGCCUUAACAUAUUAUAUACCUGCCUGACCAGGUCGCCUCCGGUGUCCCUGGAAGGGAAAGAAGGAGGAGUAAGGGUUUGUUUGCCUGCCUGCGGAGGCAGGAUUGAUAGAGGCAGCAACUCCUGGUGGCCAGAAUGGAGUUGUGGCCGGGGAUAUGGCCUGUGCUGCUGCUGCUCUUCCUGCUGCUGCUCUUCCUGCUGCCCACCCUGUGGUUCUGCAGCCCCAGUGCCAAAUACUUCUUCAAGAUGGCCUUCUACAAUGGCUGGAUCCUCUUCCUGGCGGUGCUCGCCAUCCCUGUGUGUGCUGUGCGAGGACGCAACGUUGAGAACAUGAAGAUCUUGCGUCUGAUGCUGCUCCACAUCAAAUACCUGUAUGGGAUCCGAGUGGAGGUGCGUGGGGCCCACCACUUCCCUCCCUCACAGCCCUACGUCGUGGUCUCCAACCACCAGAGCUCACUCGACCUGCUUGGGAUGAUGGAGGUACUGCCAGGCCGCUGUGUGCCCAUUGCCAAGCGUGAGCUGCUGUGGGCUGGCUCUGCUGGACUGGCCUGCUGGCUGGCAGGAGUCAUCUUCAUCGACCGGAAGCGCACUGGGGAUGCCAUCAGUGUCAUGUCUGAAGUUGCCCAGACCCUGCUCACCCAGGACGUGCGGGUCUGGGUUUUUCCAGAGGGCACGAGAAACCACAAUGGCUCCAUGCUGCCCUUCAAACGUGGCGCCUUCCACCUUGCAGUACAGGCCCAGGUUCCCAUUGUCCCCAUUGUCAUGUCCUCCUAUCAAGACUUCUAUUGCAAGAAGGAGCGUCGCUUCACUUCGGGGCGAUGUCAGGUACGGGUGCUGCCCCCAGUGCCCACAGAAGGGCUGACACCAGAUGACGUCCCAGCUCUGGCUGACAGAGUCCGGCACUCCAUGCUCACCGUUUUCCGGGAAAUCUCCACUGAUGGCCGGGGCGGUGGUGACUGUCUGAAGAAGCCUGGAGGGGUGGGCGACGCCCGGCUCUGAGCUCCCUUCCCAUCUACCCCCAUGUUCCUCCCACACCUACCAACCCAGUGGGCCCUGAAGCAGGGCCAAGCCCACUUCCUUGUUUCUCCUCUCCCCACUGUUCUCCUCUUUGGAAUCUUCAAUUUCUGAAGUGAAUGUGGAUAUAGCACCGCUCCUUGCCCCUUCCCAGUUCCCCCCAUGGACUCUCUUGCCUCGGUGCAGUCUCCACUCUGACCCCCACCCACCUCCUGUGCCAUCUUGUCUUUGGGACGGUUGCCUCCCCCUCAUCUCCAGUGGCUCACCCACACAAGGGUGGGAACACACCAUCCUUUCCCCAGGGGACCCUCUUCUUUUGUGAUCUUCUCUCCCUCUCCACCCCACAUUGGCCAGUGGACUCAUCCAUUCUAUGGAACAAUACCCUACCACAAGUCCAUGGAUUCAGUGGACUUAUCCGUUUGUGAGGACUCCUCACACUGUGGCUGGAAGCAAUGCCUGGAACAUUCCUGGCUUAUCCUGGGAACACUCCUCAGCACCCUCACCCUCCCUCCCAUGGAGCCUCCUAUCAGUGGAGGCUGGACUCUUCUCACUCAGAGGUUUCAUCCUGCCCAUACCCAGGUGCCCAGGGGUGAGCAUACUCCUAGAUGCCAGUUUGGUCUCCACAUUUCUGCUUCCCCCCAUCCCUGUGGUACAGUUCUUCAGUGGUCCUGGCCCCAACCCAGUCCCCUGCAGCCUGGCUGUACCAUUCUAACCAGACACAAGGGGAAGAGGCAGACAUUAGGUGCUGCACUCACUUCUGCUCCCUGGGAAGUUGGGGAAAGGAACUGAACCCUGGCUGGAGGGGAUGGGAGGGCUUUUAAUUUAUUUCUCUUUCUUUUGAGGCUUCCCCUCUCUGAGCCAGUUUUCAUUUCCUCCCUGUGGCAUUAGCCACUCCUGCCUCCCACCCCAGACCUGUGCCCACAACUGGGAAGGUGGGCUGGGAGCAAAAAGAGAGGGUGGGACCCAGUUUUGUGUGGUUUUUAUUAAUUAUCUGGAUAACAGCAAGAAACCCGAGAAUAAAGAUUGAGAGAGAGAGAGAGAGA